AUACCAUGAUUGAAAAGUAGACCGCCAUCUUCUGCAAUUUGAUCAAAAAUUACUUUUCGCAAAAAAAAUUCCAAAUUACAUGAGCAUGCGCUCCUUCCUCCGUAUCGCUUUUCAUCGGACGGUCCAUAUCUCCCGCUUCCCCUCUCGACCGUUGCCACCAGGAAGCAGAGCCGCCGCGCGGCCGAACGGCCCUCCCCCUCCCUCGUCCUCAUGGCGUCGCCGCCGCCGGGGCCUCCGUCGUGGUCGGUGGCCGUGCGCCUGAGGCACCGCUGGGGGCUGGACAUCCAUGCCGCGGCGGAGAACGUGCUCCCCGGAUGGGGCCGCGGCGGGGAGCGCCUGUCCCUGCUGCUCCGCUUCCGACGCCGCCUCAUCCUCACCGUCACGUCCCAAUGCGGGGCGCGCCCUGCUGUGGCGCCCACGCAGCCCGGGACGCCGCCGCGCGGCGGCAAGAUCCUCCGCUUCCUGCGGAGCAGGUGGGCGCCGCUGCCGCGGAUCACGUCCAUCUGGCGGCGCAAGAAGCAUACCCCGACACGCGCUUCCGCCGCCGCCGCGGCGCCGCGGGGCCGCCGGGCUCAGGAGAGCCGAACGCCAACGCAGCCCGGCUUCUUGGCAAUGGCAGGGACGCCGACCUCGGCGGCGAUGCGGUGGUUCGCCGUCGCCGCCGUGGUCGUGGCUUCCAUCCUGGUCUUCCGCAUCACGAUGUGCAUCGGCUGUUGGAACUGGAGGGGAGGACGAGACGGCGAACGGAUUGCCCGUUGGGCGAAGUUCUUGGAGUUGAUGGAGCAUCCUCCUCCCUACCACAAGUACAAGUGGUUGCUUGGCGUGCCCAAGCGAGGAUUGGAAUGGAUCUUCAGCAAGUAGAGAUUCCAGGUCAGAUCAGACGGAAGGCGGCUGGGUUUGUAGGUAGGUAGGAAAGGUUCCUGACUCGCACAGCCUAGGUUAAUUUAGUGUUUGUGUUAUAGAUGAUAAUUGGGGCCUGCAUGUCUUUCUGACGAGCAUGGCAAACAUUCAACAAGUUUGUUAUAGCCACUUCAGUUUGAUCUGAUUUUGUAUCUUUUCCAA